AUAACUUUGGUCUGGGAUGAUAAAGAAAUUGUUGUUCCAGUUGAGUUUCGAAAAUUAGCCAAGGUGCCGUUAGACAAGGAACGAGUUAAGAGCAACUGUAUACAAUCUUGGAAUUUAACGAUGAAAGAGGGAAUGUUCGAAAAAGGCUAG